CUGCUUUGUCGUCCCACCCCUCUUAUCUAUAGCCAAUGUAAGCUCAGUGUAAAUGAUUUAUUUCUUCUCCCUGGAUUUUCAGGAUAAAACACCCUGGCCCCUUAAGUCUGGUAGACAUUUUUCCCCUGGCUCUCUGGCCAUGCUGCUGGUGGCUUAGGGAAUUUGUCCCAGGAUCCGUUCUUCAUCUUCCGGAGCAUCUAUACUGCUCAACAAACACUUUAUUUUCAGAGACCUCUUAGUCUCAAUAACCUUAUCGGUGCAGCAUUGGGAUCUAGCCCUCUGAAGAAUCAGGAAGAAAGAUAUUUUUCCUUGGGGCCAGAUACGACAUCAAGAAUCACUUUGAGACUACCAGAGGUAAGGCUGUCCCUGGGUUUCUGCUGUUGAGGUCUUCAGUGGCAGUGGGAACUUUGCAACAGAGCUGUCUGUCAUCUGUGUGGAGUUGCCAAACUGGAGCUGUCCUUCAAGACAGACGGCUAAGAAACUGCUCCAAACUCUGGGCAGCAAAGGAAACAUAAAGGUAUCUAAGGAAAAACUGCAGUUUGUUGCAGCAAGAGGAGUGACUUUCUACGUCAGAAACCAGCCUGCUGAUUUUGUACACUGGAAAAGACGUCUUUGUCAAAAUUCUUUACCAUCCUGCUGGCAAGGUCCUUUCUAGGCACAUUCUGUGAAUCCCUGUGCAGCCAGACUCAAGGGAAUUAACUCCUAGAUCCACGUUUCCACUUAAGAAGAUCUGAACCCACUUGAGUGGUCUAGCACCCCAUUGCCAACAUCAAGCUUCGUCUGACCAGGAAAAAAAAUAAUAAUAACUGACAUUUUGAGGUUGACUACUUCUGCCUAAGCAUCUGGAACAGGCCUGUGCAAACCUUAAACUACUAAAAUCUUCCUAUACAUCCUUAUGCUUUUUUAAUAGUUGCUGUAGUAAUUUUGUUCCUGGGAAUACUUUUAAUUUUGAUUGUGUUACACAAAGCUGAACAGAUUGCUUGUGUUUUAAAUCAUCUAUUUCAAGCUUUUAUUCUCACUAUAGUCUCUAAAAAUGAUGAUGAAAACAUUUAUAUAUAUAGUUAUGUUUGUCACCUUUACCCGGGCAUGGAAAGACAAUGCCUUAGUCAGAAUUUCACAGUCUCUAGCAACUUCUGGAAAUUUAACAAAAUGUUGGAUAUGCUACCCCAACCCUCGUACCACUCGUGAACGUAACAGUCUACUCGUACAACCUGUUCUAAACUUUAGCUCAAUUCCUGAGUGCAUUGUCAAUCAAACCCAUCAUAGCUAUGUUGGAUAUAACCCCAUAAUCAGCUAUCCAGUUCGUCUAGCACAUUCCAGUCAACCUUUACCAUGCUUUUAUAUUUACACUCGUAUCCUUCCUCCAAAGUUUACCCAUAAGACUACAGAAGAGGCCGAAGCGGCAAUAAUAAAACUUUUAGAAAAAUACCAUCAAGGAUCCCUCAAAGGUGAAGGUCCAGAUUUACCUGGGUGUGCUACUACUGACCCAUGGCUUAAUAACCUACGAGAACAAAUUAGGCAAAACUUUGAGAAGUUUGUAUGUGCACCCCCUGGCUUUAUUUUUGUCUGUGGAGGAGAUCACCACCCAUGGGCCCGUAGAUGCAUUAAAGGGUGGAUUAUGAGGGGGCAAUGCCUCCUAGGAUAUCUAUUUACACCUGUAUCCAUAAUUGAUGCAGAGGAAACCCAACACUGGUCUAGUUCCCUCAAACCUCCCUCUGGAUUCAAACAAGCCACUUUAAAUGGUAGCUCCAUCUACUCCUUUGGAAGAGCAUUUUUGGCACAGUGGGAUGUUACUAAUCAUGAGCAGAUGAUUAGGAACCUUUCUGUUACCUUAGGCAACCUUGCUGAAGAGAAUGCUGCUUCCAUUAUAGCACAGCAAAAAGCUAUUGACUCUUCACCCAAUCUUGAAUUAGACAGCCGAAUUGCUCUAGACUACAUGUUAGCAGAAAAAAGAGGCAUAUGUAUGGCAAUGAAUGCAUCUUGCUGUGUCUAUAUAAAUAUGUCUCAUGAAGUAGAAACCCAUUUAGAAACUAUUAGAAAAGAAGCCACCUGGAUCCAAUAGGUCUCCAACAUGGAACCUGAAUUUAAUCUGUUUAGUGAUCUUUCUGGUUGGUUAUUAGUAGAAAUCAACUGAUUGUUUAGAAAAAUAUUAUAGAUGGUUUGAUAUUUCUACUUUUGAUUGUUAUAAUUUCUAAAUGCUAUACUUUUAAUUUUUCCCAACUAUGUAAAUCAAUAGAAUGAAUUUUAGGCUAAGAUUAUGCUAGCUCAAAAGAUUGAACUACCUACCUAUAACUUUCGUGAAGAAGCUAUUUCUGAAAACAUGUAAGAAUUAUGUGGGUGAAUGGUUAGAUGCUUGCUCUCUCUUCCUCUCUACCACUCAUAUUUGGACCAAAAAAAAACUCACUGUUUUUAUCUACAAAUUUCCCUCCUCCCUUGGAUAUAACUUCCUAGGAAUGAACCUUCCUAGCCAUGUGAGAUAUGACCUGGAACAUAAAAUGGCUACAUAAGAAGCAAUAAAAUUAAUACAGCAUCCAUCAGCAAUGCUUACUCUGAAAGACCUCAAUAAAAGGGGGAAUGAUAAUUCUGGGAUGUGUUAAGUUACAGGCCAGAGAAUACAAGGAAGAAAGAGAAGUCCAUUGAACUCAUAGUUUCAACUUCAAGUUCAGUCAAGAAAGAAAAAAGAAGAAGGAAACAUUCUAAAUUUCUUGUCUGUAUGCUGAAGACCACAUUGUAUUCUGCUUUUGGAAACAACCAACCAAAAAAGUAGCAAAACCUUCUCUUUAUGGACUAUCCUCCCAGUACUUUGCCUGCUUUGUGAUGUCCUGCCUCUCUUAUCUGUAAAAAUGUAAGUUCAGUGCAAAUUAUUUGUGUUUCCUCAUCCCAAAAUUUUAUUAUAAAACACUUUUCCCUAA